AUGCCGGGCCGGCAGGAUCAAGGUGAGUGUGACUUUGUCAAGCCUGUCUGCACGCCUUGCAAGCAGUCAAGGAGGCCAUGUACUGGCACUGGACGGGCGUUGGUCUUCAAGACGACCACCAUAGCUACAAACGGGCAGCCAACCACAUCUACGAGCACAUUUGGUGCAGCGCCUUUGGUCACGCAAUCCAGAGCCGCCGCGCAGCUCGACGCUGUCGCCGAACAAGAGCGGCACAUUGGCUUCUUCUGGGCCGCCUACCUCCCAAACGGUGAGCCGUUUCCCGACGAAGCUAGUCGCUACACAACCUGCGGCUGGACACGCAUCGUACGAGAGAUGUGCGAGAGCCAUGCGACUACAACCGGGACCGAGAGCACGACAGACCUCGUGCGCCUCGCCGUCGUGGCCAACAGCCUCUGCAUGCUGGGCAGCCAACACCGCGAGCCACGCAUGGUCGACGACGGCCACCAGGUUUACGGGCGUGCGCUGCAGAAAAUGCGUGCGGCACUACAGCGGUUUGAGUCCACCGAGACCAAGAAGCUUGCGCUCCUGCUGACCUCGCGCCUGCUGACCAUGUUCACCCUUCUCUUUGGGCGGGAUGCGACGGACCGUGGGCCGCCUUCAACGGCGCAGGGCGAGGCUUGGGUCGGACUCAACGCCGGCGAGAUGGCACUGCUGCUGUCGAGCCGUCCCGAGGCAUACCAGACGGGCGAUGCACACCAGGUCUUUGUGGACACACGACUGCAUCUCUUCCUGCCAUACCUCAUCUCCAAGUCGCGGACUAGUCUGAGCCGGCCCGACUGGAUGACGGUGCCGUGGGCGGUGGUCCCCAAGACACCGCUGGACCGCCUGAUCGAUCACAUUGGGCACAUUCCAGCACUGGUCGAGGACCUGACUGCGAUCAACAGCAACGAGACUCUAUCCGAAAAAGACAAACGGAUCGCCAAGCAUGGUCUGCGUCCCCGGUACAGUGCCUUUGUCGCCGAAAUGAAGGAUUGGUUCGAUGAUGUCGUGCCGGGUUUCGGGAUCGAGGAGCUGCUGGCCAUCGGCAAGACGAAGAAGAGGAAGCGGGCGUCGGAAGGCUCUUCCUCCGUCCUCGAGCUCGCCAAGGCGCACACACUCGUGCUCUUCUGGGCCACCUGUCUGCUCUUUCGGGGUGGUCUUUUGCAGGUCCUCGACGAAGACGGCGACAUCCCGCCGGAAUUCGUCAACAUGCGCGCCAUUCGCUACAACAUGCUCAAAAUCAUGUCGAGCGUCUUCUUUUCGCCGAGCUCGAAAUUGACGGCUAGCUGGUACAGCAUCAACAUUGCUCUCUUUCCGCUCCGAAUUGCCAUGGGCACAGUCGGCCGCAACGACGGUGACGACGGCGACAGUGGCCACGGCGACAUUGACACAUGUCCGCUGUCGCCAGCCGAGAUUGAACUUAUGGCGAGCAUCUCAAACGAAUGCAAGGCGCGUGGUGUCGCGAGUUUUCUCAACAGCAUGGGCCAGUACUUGUCGGAGGGCGACGCAAAGGAGUGA